CCUCAUGGCUCACCAAUCCCAUCUAAAUUCCCUGCACUCUCUCAAUGAUUUCGCAGUGAAAUCACCAUACCCAAGUUCAACCUCUAGCAAGAUAAAAACCCUGCUUCAAUCCUAUGUCUUUCCACACGUGUGCCAUGUCUUCCAAGCCAUCAUCAAGGCCAAGUCCAUGGUCAUGGAGCUUCUCAACAAGAAGAAUAGCAUGGCCGCCAACUACACCAUCAAGCUAAGGAGGAAGAAAAAUAAUAAGCUCCUUAGUUCCAUUAGGAUGCAUUUCAACUGGUCCUCUUCACAUAUCACACCCAUGCCAGAGCCUGCAAGCAUGGAGGUCUUCGGCACUAGUCGCAUGUACUACGACUCGACGUGGAACUCGAUAAUUUCUACCGAGGAGGGCGAUGAAGACAUGGAGCCGCCACUCUCUGGGUACCUUCAUUGGCUUGAGGAGAAGAAUUCUGAGGCUUCAGUGAGGGAUGAUGAUGGGAGUGAGAUUGACCAGCUUGCUGAGAAGUUCAUCGCGAGCUGCCAUGAGAAAUUUAGGUUGGAGAAGCAGGAGUCUUAUAGGAGGUACCAAGAGAUGCUUGCUAGAAGCAUGUGAAGAGUGAUAAAUGUAGUGUGGCAGUCUUAGUCUUUGAGCUUUUGGUGGUGAUAGAGUAAAAUAGGUGAUGUGGGUUGAGCUGUGUGUUACUUGUCCUUACUCUGUCGUUCUUCUUAGUUUACAUAUGGGCUGUGAAAACCGUAGAGUUGAUGACAAUUUGGAGGUCCUACAGUCUGAUUAGAGAUGCCACAAGUCCAGCUGUUGCAUGUUGAAAGUUCUUCAAUCUCAUAUUAGAUGACGAUUGGCAUCUCUUCCAACUGAGAU